AUGAGCAAACGAGAGGCUGUCGCGGAGGCUCUUCCAGCUUCUCCCGCAAAGAGGCUGCAUAUAGAUCGGUCACUCCAAGACGAUGAUGGUGACGACGACUUCACACCUUCUCAAACACCCAGCUCAAUGGCCGAAGCCGACUCCCCCGUGACCGUGGCCACCACACCGCGGGCCAAAUUCCCUUCAGACCUCAAAACUUUAGCCUGCACAUGGCCUGGAUGUCCCAAAUCGUUCAACCGCCCAGCCAGACUCCGAGACCACCUCAACUCACACACCAAUUCCCGCCCAUUCAAGUGUCCCUACGACGACUGCGACAAGGACUACAUCGAGGACAAGCACCUAAAGCAACACAUCAAAGCAGCACACACCAACGAGCGCAAAUACGUCUGCCAGGUACCAGGAUGCAACAAAAGCUUCGUCACCGGCACCAGACUCAAGCGACACCAAGCUGUCCACGAGGGAGCCGAACGGUUUCGCUGCCAAGACUGCGGACAGAGCUUCCGCAAGCGAGAAACCCUCACCAAGCACGUCCGCAAAGAACAUCUGCAGAUGCGGGCAUACGCCUGCCAGGAACAAGGGUGCACAGAAUCCUUCGACUCUAAACCAGCACUGAAACGACACAAAGAAAAAAUCCACGGCGAAUUAAAAUACUGGUGCUUAGAAUGCGGCCUCAAAACUGCGGAAGACGGCACGCAGCACCGCGUCGGAUUCACAACAGAGCUCCUCCUCCAUGCACAUUUGAAAAAGGAGCACCAAAACUGUAUAUUCUGUGACUUCAAGUCCUCGUCACGCUGGGAACUCGACCAGCACGUCGACAUGCACCACUCUGGAAAGACGGUCACGGACCGCAAAACCCAUGCCUGCACUUACGAGGGGUGCGACAAGAAGUUCACCAAAAAGUCCAAUCUCAAGACGCACGUCCGCAGCGCACACGAGGGAUUCCGCUUCGUGUGCGGCGAAGUCACCCUCACGGGAGCAGAUUUCACAGGCUGGACCAAUGACCAAGGGUGCGGCGACAAAUUCAGCACAAAAGUCCGUUUAGAAGACCACGUCCGCUUCCUACACCUCGGCCAGGAACGACCCAAACUCUCAAGACCGGAGGGUCCGGAAGAUCCAAAUGCUGUUAUCGACGAAAUAUCCGGCUUCGCACGCCACGUCAAACAAACUAUCCCUUGUCCCGAGUGCAGCGAGAAAUUUGCCCGCUACCACGAUCUACAAGUGCAUUUGUCUCAUGGCCACGAGCCCAUCAACCCGCCAAACGACCCUGCUUCAUUCCUAAAUCGCGAGGCUGAUAUUGUUGCUGAAGCUCCCUUUGGGAUGGACUUUACUUCCUCGUGGCAAGGUGGAGGGGAGGAGGAAAUUUUCGCAGCACAAAUGGACUAUGGACCCCCGAAGGACGAGUGGCUCGAAGAUGAGGCGAAUAUUUUGCUCUUGGCGCGAGAUCCGCCCUUGGAACUGAAUAUUGACCCUAAUCUUGGUGGACUAUAG